GAGACAUUAGAGAGUUGUUUUAGGAAGUCCGUUUGGUUCUGAUUAGAAGGAAUUACGCAACUUUACUCUUUUAUAUUUUGCCCUUUGGCUUUUCAGAUGUUUGGUUUUUUUGUUUUCUUUUUCCUUUUCUUUGAUAUGUACUUAUUUAUUUAUUUAACAAAAUAUCAAUUUCCCCAUUAUUUAUUUAAAUAGUGGCACUUUUUUUUUUUUUUCCAUUAUCCCCCAACCCAUUUUUUUCCCGCCAUUAAUUUCACUGGACCCCCCCAAAGCCUCCAUUCUUUAUUAAAAAAUAAUCCCUUAUAUCCCUGUUGAAAAAUAAUCCCUUAUGAUCCUGUUUGGAUGGACUUAUUUUAAGCAUUUUAUAAGAUGCAAACAGCUUAUAAGCUUAAAAAAAUAAGUUGAAAUAGUUUAACUUAUUUUUUUUGGUUUAUAAACUGUUUGCAAUUUAUAAAUUAUUUUAAAUAAGCUAAUUUAAACAGACUCAAUUAUUUUUUUAAGCUUAUUUUAAACAUAAAAUAACUUUAAAUUAGCUAGUAAAAAAAAAAAGGCUGAAGCAGCCUAUAUGCAACUUAUAAACCAAUCCAAACGUGCUCUAUAUCCCUUAUACUAUAUAUUGAAAAACCGUAGAAGUAUGUAAGGGUUUUCUCUAAAAAUAAUCCCUUAUAUUAUCCUAAUAUUUUCACUUUGUCGAAGCUUCGCCGGUGAAGGUUUCACUCCGGCGAAGGUUUCUUCUCCGGCAAUAGUUUCACUACAGUGAAGGUUUCUUCUCAGUCUAUCUCCAUCUACAGGAUAUUCAAUGGAUGUUACAGAUAAAAGUUGGAUGGAUCUCCGAAGAUCCACCUAUGAAUAUAUGCGUGGAGUGAAUGAUUUUCUUGAUAAGGCAUUUGAACGAGCUUCUCAAGGAAAUGAAAUAUUAUGCCCUUGUAAAAGGUGCUUUAAUCGGUAUUGGCAUGAUCGAGAGGGGGUGGAGGGUCACUUGGUUGGUUAUGGAUUUGCUCGUGGAUACACCAAAUGGGCUUUCCAUGGGGAAGGAUUUUCCUCAAGAAAUAAGCCGCAUCUAACCAAUGAUAUUGAAACUUCCGACAUGCAUGACGAUAUCGAUGGAUUACUUCAUGAUACUUUUAGAAAUGUAGAAGGUGAUCUGAGGCUUGAAGGAGUGAGAGAGGGACCAUCUGAAGAUGCAAAGAGAUUUUUUAAAUUAGUGGGGGAAGGAAAACAAGAGUUGUAUCCGGGGUGUAAAAUGUUUUCUAAGUUGAGUUUCACCAUUCGGUUGUACCGGUUUAAAUGCAUUCACAGGUUAAGUAAUGUAGCCUUUUCAGACUUGUUAGACUUGAUAAAAGAGCAUUUUCGUUUGCUCAGCUCCCCGAGUCUUUCAACAAGGCAAAAAAGGUCAUAAAAGAUUUGGGUCUUAGUUAUGAAAAAUAUUCAUGCAUGCCCUAACGAUUGCAUGUUAUUUUGGAAUGACAAUGCGAAGAUGGAUAAUUGCUUUGUGUGUGGUUGUGUGUGGUUCUUCUAGAUGGAAGAAUGUUUGUGAUGAUUUGACUAAUAAGAACACUAAAAUCCCAGGGAAGGUUUUAAGGUACUUUCCUUUAAAGCCUAGGCUUCAAAGGAUAUUUAUGUGUUCAGAAACAUCUGUAGCUAUGAGAUGGCAUGCUACUGAAUGACCCAAAGACGGGAAUUUAAGACAUCCUGCUGAUGGGGAAGCUUGGAAGGAUUUUGAUUCAUUGCACCCGGACUUCUCUAAAGAUCCUCGUAAUGUUAGAUUGGGUCUUUCAAGCGAUGGUUUUAAUCCAUUCCGAACCAUGAGCAUUUCCCAUAGCACAUGGCCAGUUAUGUUAAUGAACUAUAAUUUGCCACCAUGGAUUUGCAUGAAGUCGGAGUAUAUAACGUUGUCAAUGAUCAUUCCAGUCCAUCAUCUCCUGGAAACGAUAUAGAUGUGUACCUACAACCACUAAUUGCAGAGUUGAAAGAACUAUAGGAAACAGGAGUGGAAACAUAUGAUGUUGAAACUAACCAAACAUUUGUAAUGCGUGCAGCUUUAUUGUGGACAGUUAAUGAUUUUCCAGCACUAGCAAUGCUUUCUGGAUGGAGCACCAAGGGGAGAUGGGCAUGCCCCAUUUGUAAUUAUGAUACUUGCUCUCAAUAUCUCAAACAUAGUCGUAAGAUGUGUUACUUGGAUCAUCGGACAUUUUUGCCUCCUGAUCAUCCAUUUCGAAGAGAUAAGAAAUCAUUUGAUGGUAAAAAGGAGCAUAAAGCUACACCUACUCCCUUAUCAGGCAUAGAAGUGCUUGAAGAGCUACGUGAAUUCAAUAAUGUCUUUGGAAAGGGCCAAAAGAAACGAUCUCGGAAGAAUGAUGGUCCAUGGAAGAAAAGAUCCAUAUUUUUUGAAUUGCCGUAUUGGGCACAUAACAAAUUAAGUCACAAUCUUGACGUGAUGCACAUAGAGAAGAAUAUAUGUGAUAGUUUGCUUGGGACUUUGUUGGAUGUACCGGGAAAGUCCAAAGAUCAUGUAAAUUCUCGCUAUGAAUUGCAUGAGAUGGGGAUACGCAGGGAGCUUCAACCAUUAAAAGAUGAUAAAAAUGGUAAAGUUCAUCUGGCUAAAGCUUGUUUCUCCAUGAAACCAGAGGAGAAAAGGUUGUUUUGCACAGUUUUAAAAAAUGUCAAAUUACCAAAAGGGUGCACCUCUAAUAUAUCACGUCGGGUGCAAAUGGAGGAGAUGAAAGUAUCAGGAUAUAAGAGCCAUGAUGCUCAUUUCAUAAUGCAUUACUUACUCCAGGUUGCGGUUAGAAAAGUGUUACCCAAGAAUGUGUCUUUGGCCUUGAUUAGGUUGGGGAAUUAUUUUAGAAUCAUAUGUAGUAAGGUUAUAAGAAGAAGUGAUCUUGAUAAAAUGAAGGCUGAAAUCAUAGAUAUAGUAUGUGACCUUGAAAAGAUUUUUCCUCCAACCUUUUUUGAUAUAAUGACACAUUUGCCUAUCCAUUUAGUAGAUGAAUUGAGCUUGGGGGUUCGGUUCAUUUGCGUUGGAUGUUUUCCAGUGAGAGAAACAUAUGUAAGUACAAGGGGUUUGUUCAUAAUCGAUCUAAUCCAGAAAGAUCAAUAGCGGAGGGAUUUUUGGUCGAAGAGUGUUUAACCUUUUGUUCGAGAUACCUACAUGAUGGGGUGAAGACAAAAUUUAGUAGGUAUCAGACCGAGGAUGAUGAGGGCAUUCAAACAAAGGAAGAUGACUUUUCAUAUAUAUUUCCUAAGACAGGCCAUCCAAUUGGAAGUAUGAAGAAAAGGAAAGGCAAGACUUUUGACAUGGAUAGUCAUGAGUGGUUUGAAGCACAUUGGUAUGCUUUGUUCAAUACUGGAGAUGAACAAGUAGAGACAUUUAUCAAGGAACAUAAGAAUAUAAUUGAUAAAUGUGCUAGAGGAAAUGCAUGGGUAAAAGCACAGAUUCAUAGUCGAGAAUUCAGUGAUUGGUUUAAAGAGAAAGUUAAAAAGGUUAAAGUGCCUAAUCAUUUAAUAUGGCUAUCUUAUGGGCCUAAUGAAGUGGCAAAAAGAUAUAGUGAAUAUUUUAUUAAUGGAUACCAAUUUCAUACGAUGCAACGGGAUGCCCGAUGCAAGACUCAAAAUAGUGGAGUGACUUUGUCAGCAACAGGGACCAAAAUCCCGUUGAUGGAAUGGUUACCUAUUAUGGAGUUAUUAAGGAUAUCAUUGAGAUUGAUUAUUGGGGUUGUUUAAGUGUUGUACUAUUUAGAUGUGAUUGGUUUCAUAAUGAAAUCGAUGGAUAUGGGUUGACUAGGGUAUACUUCAACAAAAAAUGCAGCAUGGAUGACCCUUUUGUACUAGCAUCUCAAGUGCAUCAAAUUUUUUAUUUGGAGGAUCCAAUUGAGAAAGAGGUUUAUUAUGCAAGAAAUAAAGUCCCUGUUGAUUUGUAUGAUUUGGAGGAAGAGAAUUGUCCUAAUAUUGAAGAAACAUUUUGGGGGGAGCUUAAUGAUGACAUUGGUUCAUCAGAGAGAUUACCCGAUGUUGAUGUCAGAUGGUCGAGAGAAGAUCUCCUUGUUGACAUCAUUGAUGUGCCUUCCGUUGCACAUCAUUCACAAGAUGUAACUAUAGAAACAUCGGAAGAGGAGGAUGGCUUUGAUGAUACUGAUUGGGAUUGGAUGGAGCCUGAUGAUUGACAAAGGAUCUACUGAACUUAUUCAAUUAUAUACUCUUCAUCAUUUUUUGUAUAUCCAUAUUUCUGCAAUAUCUUGAGGACUCUUUAACUUCACAGCAGACCAAUAAAAUUUCAGGGACUGGUGGAAUAGAUUGAUGGUGUGGUUACAAUAUCAGGAUGGAAUAAAAAUCACAUGGGAAGACGGUCUAUGCAGAAAUAGAGAAAUCUUGGAAUUUUUAAAGGGACAACCAUAUAUUAUAAAUAGUAUUGCGAGAGAAAUACUGUUUGUGUGAAAUAUCUGGGCAACUGGGAUUCUUCUGAGAUGAUUGAGGAUUUACUAUUUUUAAUCCAGGAAAAAAACAAGGAAAAUGUAUCACUUAAGGAGCUCUUUGUGGAAACAAGAGCAAGGAAACCCGGGCGCUCGUACAAGGAGUCCAAUGAAAACACAUCUAGUAAAAUUGCUGAAAUGGAGGAAAUUGAAACACAACUGAGCGCACAUGAUAGUCAGCCUGUUGAUGCAUAUUCAGCCGUUACGGAUCCUGAACAUCCGGGACGUCUAAGAUUAUAUGGAGGGGGGGGGGGGGGGGGGGGGGUUACAAAGACUUCUUUGAAAAGAAAAGCUGGCAAUUUUGAACCAACUUCAAAUGCCACAAAUGAUGUAGUGCAACAAAUGCAAGAAAAGAUCCAAAAAAUGCAGGAAGAAAUGGAGGAGCAAAAGAGAACUAUACGAUCAGAGGUUACUGCAGAAGUUACUGCAAAUGUAAUUGCACAACUUCAGCAUGCAGGAUUAAUUAGUCCAGACAUGCUAGCAACAUUGUUUGUUCCUCACCGGGAGAAGCUACUUCUGCACCACAGGCUGCUAAUCAAAUAACCCGUCGGCCAUCUACAGAUAGCAACAAUUAAGGUGGUGAAAUUGAACAAGGGGAUGAAAGAAGUGAAGACAUGACUUAGGAGGAUUGGGUUGAUGUUUUUGAAAACUGAAAACUUGUGUGUUCCACGUCUUGAAUAGUCAAAUAUUAUCUUGAUAUUUUGCUUUUAUAGAUAUUACCUUACCUCUAGGAUCUGUAUGAUGUGGGAUCUUGGAUUAUUAUUUUGGUUAUGAAUAGUUUCUUUUGAUUGGUUUA